CUCUCUUCCUGUGUUACCGCCCUUGGGGUGAGAUAGAAAGUGAGUAGCAGUGAAGCCGUCGUAUUCAUUGGAGCAGUACAGUAAGUAACUAGCUACUGUCAUUUGAUAGCUUGCGCCUUCUGGAGUGAACUGAAGACGUGUGGAUUGAAUUUUCCCAGUCGCUGUAGAUUCAGCAGAUUACCUGUCCCUAGGUGUGACACUUGGACCCAGAGGGACACAGACAGACACCCCGGUCUGCAGUUGGUGUAGCAGAGAGAGAACAUGGCAUUGUCGUUUAAGAAAGACCUGGAGAAGUACAAGGAGAUUGACGAGGAUGAGAUCCUUAACAACCUGUCAGAGCAGGAACUCAAACAACUGGAGACUGCCCUGGAGGAGAUGGACCCAGAGAAUGCAUUGCUGCCAGCGUCGAUGCGUCAGAAGGACCACACAGUGAAAGCAGCCACCGGCCCCUACAGCCGAGAGAAACUACUCAGUUUUCUGGAGAAGGAGGCCCUGGAGUAUAAAGACAGAGAUGAUGUUGUGUCUUUCUCGGGAGAGAGAAAAGGCAAGGCAUUUGUUCCCAAGCAGCGGCCCAUCGAGUCUCGUCAGGAAGAGGUAACGACCCUUGACCCGGAACUAGAAGAGGCCCUGUCCAGUGCUACCGACACUGAACUCUGUGACCUGGCAGCCAUCCUAGGUGUCCAUACCCUGGUGACCAGCACCCAGAGCUACGAUGGAACCAGCAGUAAAGAUGGAGGAUACAACAACGUGGUGAAGGGGGAGAAGAUGAACCCCGUGUUUGAUGAGCCUCCCAACCCCACUAACGUAGACGACACUCUGCAGAGGAUAAAAAACAACGACGCUGCGCUGACGGAGGUUAACCUCAACAACAUCAAGAACAUUCCCAUUCCCACGCUGAAGGAGUUUGCCAAGGCCAUGGAGAGGAACACACACGUCAAGAAGUUCAGCCUCGCCGCCACACGGAGCAACGACCCCAUCGCUGUGGCGAUGAGUGAGAUGCUGAAGGAGAACAAGUCGUUGCGGAGUCUCAACCUGGAGUCUAACUUCAUCACCAGUGCUGGUGCUGCUGCUCUGGUGGACUCUCUCCGAGACAACGACACACUGACUGAGAUCAAGAUAGACAACCAGAGGCAGCAGCUGGGGACUUCAGUAGAGAUGGAGAUGGCUAAGAUGCUGGAGGACAACAACAGCAUAGUGAAGUUCGGCUACCACUUCUGUCAGCAAGGCCCACGGGCUAGAGCUGCUGCUGCUAUCACCAAGAACAAUGACCUGAUCCGCAAGAGGCGAGUGGAGGGGGACCAGUAAGGGGCGGAGCCUGUCAUGUCUCCCAGACCUGUCCCGUCGUCUCAUCUCGCCGUAUGGAAUACAUUUUCAGCCAAUCCCCUGGUCUCAUCUCACCGUGGACGUUAAGUCUUGUGCCAAAACCCGGAGCAAGGCGCCCUCAACCAGACGGGGACUGCGAGUCCCAAAUGGCACCCUUGUUCCCUACGUAGUGCACUACUUUUGAUCCGAGCCCUAGGGGCUGUGAUCGUGCCCUAUAGAGAAUAGGGUUCCAUUUGAGACGCAGCUAACAUCAUCUAUCUGAGGAGAAGAGAAAUAACUGGAAUAGCUCUCUCUAGUACCUACAUAUCUAUACACACGUUGUUGUUGUUGUUGUUAUUAUUAUUAUUGUUUAUUAUACUAUUGUUAGAACUACAGCUGUACAUCUUAUUGUUUAGUUUUUUCAGUUCAUUUCAGGCUCUUUCUUUUUUUAUUUUUCUCUGAAUGAUUUUUGUUCUGUUUUUUGUACUGUGUUUAGAGCAACAUGAACAGUACUGUAAUCUAACCAAGUAACCAUGGUUUUAAACAUACUAUCCUAACCUCUGACCUCUAACCCUACAGUGGUAUAGGGCCCUGACCUCCAACCCCUACAGUGGUACGGGACAGGCCUCCCUAGCUAGACUGCUGUAUCUCUUGGUUCUGAAAGCUCUUGGUUCUGAUCAGUGCUUCCUACACAGGGGGAAGAGAGAGGUUGAUGUGAUGGUGUCUGUUAACCUCCUGGGGUGGAUGUGGUGGGUUGUCCUGGUAGGGCCGUCUGUUUAACCUCCUGGGGUGGAUGUGGUGGGUUGUCCUGGUAGGGGCCGUCUGUUAACCUCCUGGGGUGGAUGUGGUGGGUUGUCCUGGUAGGGCUGUCUGUUAACCUCCUGGGGUGGAUGUGGUGGGUUGUCCUGGUAGGGGCCGUCUGUUAACCUCCUGGGGUGGAUGUGGUGGGUUGUCCUGGUAGGGGCUGUCUGUUAACCUCCUGGGGUGGAUGUGGUGGGUUGUCCUGGUAGGGCCGUCUGUUAACCUCCUGGGGUGGAUGUGGUGGGUUGUCCUGGUAGGGCUGUCUGUUAACCUCCUGGGGUGGAUGUGGUGGGUUGGUGCAGCUGUAGUGUACUCUGAGGAGUGUAUGAGAACAGCUGCCUCUCUGAAAAAGUCUCAAGCCCUGAAGAACGUUUAUAGAUGUCUUAAUACUGUCGUAAAGAAUUUAAAUUCUUAAAGAAUUAAAGUCUUACAAUUGAUAAUACAGUGGUUCUCUUUCAAUCUCAACAGUUUAAAAAAAUAUCAAUUCAGACUCCGAUUUAAUGGGUUUAUUUUUAUUUCCCUCUUUAUGUCACUGGGAAACGUAUGUGGAUGUUAUUUAACCAAGUAAAUACGAGGUUUUUUAAUCCACGACGAUGAAGCAUUGACCUGAUCUUCUGCUCUCCUGUUGUUGGUCUGGCGUGAACGUCAGCUCAACCAAUGGGCUUCUCCGAUACUGAACCAUGCCAAAGACUAAUGUGCAGCGAUUACAUACAUACUGGAGGUGAUGCAACUCCAUGUCACUAUAUUCUCUUUAGAUUACACAUAUCCUGUCAGAGAGUAGGUUAGAUUAGACAGAAAACAUCUGGGUUCAUUACACUUGUUUUUUUAAUUUGAUGUGCACAGUGUCGUGUGUACAAUGUCAUCAUUUUUGAUGUGCACUGUGUUCCUUCUCUCUGCUGGGCUGUUGUUGCUUAUGGCGAUGGAACAAGCAAAGAUGGCCGUCAGUGGAGCAGUGUCUGUGUGAAGGAAUGUCAUGGUAAUGAGAGAGACGCACUCACCAUUUUAUAGAGAAUUACAAACUGGGUGGUUCAAGCCCUGAAUGCUGAUUGGCUGACAGCCGUGGUACAUCAGACCGUAUACCACGGGUAUGACAAAACAUUUCAUUUUUACUGCUCUAAUUACAUUGGUAACCAGUUUCUAAUAGCAAUAAGGCACCUUGGGGGUUUAUAUGGCAAAUAUAAAGGGCUGUGUCAAGGCACUCCACGCUGCGUCGUGCCUAAGAACAACCCUUAGCUGUGGUAUAUUGGCACUAUACCCCCGCCCCCCCCCUCCGUACCUUAUUGCUUAAUUACAGGCUGGCCUCCUGGACUCACAUGAAUCCUACUGGACCAAAACUGCUGAAUCUGUGUCCCGGAAACUGGUCCUAUGUGUUGUUAAUGUGGUAAUCUGGAGUAGGAAGUCCUCAUGUUGAGAUCAUGUGGUUUGUCUGGACCAAUACGAUGCUCAUGUUUAGUUUCUUAAUCACAUCUGGUGAACCAGCCAGUUAGUCAGCCUUGAUUCUGUGGGUGGGAUAGAGCGAUGUGAUUGGCUGACUAAGGUUAUUUGGAGUGAUGCUGUCUGCUUAACUAUAAUGUCUGAAUCCCAAAUGGUUCCCUGUUCCUUAUAUGGUGUGCUUCCUGUUGACCAGGGCCCACAGGCUAUAGUAACCUGGCUCUGUGCUCUGCUCUGUCCAUAAUCUGAUCUUAAUCAUGUAUAUUGUUAUAGUUGACCAUCUCAUAAUGUUUAACCCUCACACACAUUCCACACCGUCACACACACACCUGUGUGUAUCAAGUAAAUGUAAAGAUUAUUUCAAAAAAAUUUUGGGGGGUUGAAUGGUGAAGCUCCAUGUCUGAGACUAAAGAGUAGAGGAAGUAGGAAGCUGAUAAUAUUAACCACCAAGCCUGGUAGAAAGGCCAUGUCAACUAUAAUACGUCCUCAACCAAUAAAGGUUUUUACAUACGCUGUC